AUGUCGGAGCAAGUCUUCAUCAUCUUGAUCAACUGCAUCGUGCGGGGUCUAAACAGGAAUGGAAAGCAGAUUACUGGGUAUGUGACCAAGCACUGGCUAACAGUUGGUUUACGUCACACACACACAGACACAUUUCGCCGUGCUAGUGCCCAAUACCGUUUCAUGUAUGACCAGCCUGGUCGUCGUCGGUAG